UUCAAGUUUCAAAAUUCCACUUCUUUUCUCUUUGUGUGUUUUCGAUUCUUCGUCGUCUUUUUUUUUUUAUUCUUUUUUAGAAAGAAAAUGUUUGAGCCGCAACAUUUCGUAGAUUUACAAGACAAUUCUGGCUUCGGGGACCCCAAAUCCUGGCUUUCAGGGGAUAACAACAUUAACGACAACUCGUCCCCGACUCACCACCGAACUCAGUCCUCACUCACAAACUCAACCCCCUCUAACGGCAAUGUGGAUCGCGUCCUCUACAACGAUCUCGUCGAGAUGAUCCCUCUCGUUCAAUCCCUCAUCGAGCGGAAAGCAAACAGUUCAUUUACAAGGCGUGGUUCGAUGAUAUAUACUAAGACGCCUUCAAGGGAAUACCUAUCCCGGAAAGCUACUGAUAUGAAAGGGAGGAAUGCAGCUCAGUCCAUUCCAGUGAGAAAGAAGAAGGACCAAGGAGACAGGAAUGGUAGUAAUAACCAAGAUGGUGACAGCUUUUCAAUCUUUUCCUCAAGGGCUUUGGCAGCAGAAAAAGAAGAUGAGGAGUUAGUUGCUUUGAGGGAACAACUGGAGGAUAUGCAAAGAAAGUUACUGGAAACAGAUGAGCUUCUCAAAGCAGCAGAGAUUUCGAAGAAUCAGAUUAAUGAUAUUCAGGCAGAACUUGAUAAAUUGAAGCAACAUGCUGCAGAAAAGGACUCUUUGGUCAAGUCUAUACAGCUACAACUCUCUGAUGCCAAGAUUAAGCUUGCAGACAAGCAGGCUGCCUUGGAGAAGACUCAGUGGGAAGCAAUAACAUCUAAGCAGAAGGUAGAGAAGCUGCAAAAUGAUAUAGACUCGGUGCAAGGAGAAUUUUCAUCAUUUAUGCUGUUAUUAAAUGGUUUGACAAAGAACAACUCCACUAAACAUGCUGAAGAUUAUGAUGUAGCUUCGUACCAUUUCGAUCAUCUCCCUUAUAUAGAUGAUGCAGAUGACAACGAGAUACAGAAAAUGGAAGAAGCGAGGCAAGCUUAUGUUGCUGCUCUUGCUGCUGCCAAAGAGAAGCAAGAUGAAGAAUCCCUUGCUGCUGCAGCCAGUGCAAGGUUAUAUCUUCAAUCAUUUCUUUUCAGAUCAGAAAGUUUGGAAGAAAGCAAUAUAAGCAUUUCAUAAGCUUGAAGCAUUUCAUAAGCUUGAAGCAUUUCACGCAAGCUAAUUGAUGUAUUGGUAUUAUCGGUUUCACGCUGUAGCAUUUAUUUACUGUAACUCAUCUCCUCCUUCACUUCCCCUUUUUUUUGUUGGUGGCUGCUUCUGUAUCCUUUUCCUUACUUAUUGUAUGCCAUUCUUGUAUGUUUAUAUGGCUUUUUAGUUUCAAUUGUUUGGCAUCCAAUUUUUGCACA